GUCCAGUCGCAUUUUCCUUCUCUUAAAACCCUAACAACAAAAAGCAGCGUCUUGUAGUUGUAUCCAUAGUCGUCGCCGCCGCCUUUGCCACCACCUUCCCUCCUCCGGUGCUGCUAUCCUCGGGCUUCCCUGCCUCAGGGACGGGCCUGCUCUCGCCUCCGCCACAAACAUGAACCCUUCCGCCCUCCGACUCGACCCAAACCCGAUUUCCUUCACCGGGUCAACUCACUACAAGCUAUACAGAACAUCGCCCCUUUGUCGGCCGUGCCGUGUUUCUGGAACCUUCUCGAACGUCAAAUGCUCUUCCCUGAAGUCAGCCGUUGCUGAGCCAACUCGCGAAGCGGUGGCUCGAAUCGACGGGUUGAGUCAGGUUUCAGGUGUCUUGGGUUGUCAGUGGGGUGAUGAGGGUAAAGGCAAGCUUGUUGAUAUUUUGGCCAAACAUUUCGAUGUCGUUGCCCGUUGUCAGGUUCCACUUUCUCUCUCUCUGCAUUUUUUUUGAUUAUUUUUCGGAUUGCAUUUCUUUUUUUACCAAAUCUUAAUUGCUUUUAUCGUGCAUUUUGAUUUUUGGCAUCAAUUAAGAAUUUAAGAUAUUUGAAAGGUAAUAUUUUUAGGAUUAUUGAUACAUGACUAUGUUUAAUGCUUUGUGUUUCGAGUCAAGGUAAUUCGGACUGUCGUUAUUCAUUAAUGUAAUUGGUUUGAGGGUCUCGGGUUCGAUAGAGUCUUGUGUUUAUGCUGGUGGGAAUUGAAAGGAUAUGAGUAAUUGAGUAUGCAUGAGUGUGGGACAUUUAUUCACUUCGUUGUCUGAUAAUGUCCUCGUAUGGUUUGUUAUUACCCUCUAUAGUCAUAUGCAUUUAGAUUCGACUAAAUUGAUAUUGCUAGUAAAAUUGCAUGCACUUCUUAUUUGUUGAAAUUAGCCUGUGAUGGUCGUUGCAUUUUGAAUUAGUGGUCUAACGGAAACGGAACAUGGUAAUGAUGAAGCUUAGGCAAUAAGGAAUUUAUAUGAAAGAUUGUAGUGAAUAUAAAUUAUGAGUUUCUAAGAGAGAAAAGUGAUAGUAAUGAGAGAUUUCUAAUGACUUUUCGUCAUAGGACUGGGCCAUGUACCAUAAAGGAGUGGAGUCAUCCACUUUCAAGAGGAGGUUCCAUCCCAAAACCAAUUGGCAACUGGAGGAGUAGCUCCCCAAGCUUAUAAAUUGGUUACUAUCUCCCUUCUACUCCGAUGUGGGACAACUCUACAUGACUACAUGUGCAUAUUUUCAUAUAGGGUCUCAACAGUUUUGAAUUUUGAGUAGUCUCAUUAUUGUUUUGGACCUUAUAUUAUUUCACUACUGUUGAAAAAGUAUCACAUACUAAAUUUAAGUUACGAUAUCUAUAUUGUUCACGAUCCCCUUGGGUAGCGUUUUCCAGCUUCGUCCCUAGACAACAACCUCUCAUUUGUUGCUGGGUUAAGGGUGUUAAGCAUACAUAUACGUGAAUCUUCAUACGGUAGCUUGGUCCUCUAUUGGGGCAUGUUUUAUGUUUUGUGUUGGUGUUUGAUGCCAAUGUUUUACGCCCAAUUCUGGAAAUCUGCCAUCGUGGCAUAGUGCCAUGGGAUGUAGGUAUAGUUUUGAUGUGAGUAUUAUAAGUUAAAAUAUUCUGUUUAAACUUUUAAAUUACUACCUGUAAGUAGUCAAUGUUGGUUGUUAUAAUCACUUAAUUUUUUUUUAUUUUACUCAAUCCCCUGGUUUUUAUAUUUCAAUUUGUUGUACUCUCUGUGAUGUUAUACUUCAAAUCCCUGGACCAUGUCCUAGAUGAGGCCCCAAAACAUCAACUUCACAAAUGCUUGUUUCUCCCCUGUACAAUUCAGGGUGGAGCUAAUGCUGGGCAUACCAUCUACAACAAUGAAGGAAAAAAGUUUGCCCUUCAUUUAGUUCCUUCUGGUAUUCUUAAUGAGGAAACUUUAUGUGUUAUUGGAAAUGGAGUUGUGGUGCAUCUGCCCGGACUUUUCGGUGAAAUUGAUGGCCUUGAGUCCAAUGGAGUCUCUUGCGAUGGCCGUAUAUUAGUUUCUGAUCGUGCUCACUUGUUGUUUGACUUCCAUCAAGAAGUGGAUGGUCUUAGAGAAGCUGAGCUAGCUAAAUCCUUCAUUGGCACAACAAAGAGAGGCAUCGGGCCUGCUUAUUCAAGCAAGGUGAUAAGGAAUGGCAUACGAGUAGGCGACCUUAGGCACAUGGAUACAUUUCCUCAAAAACUUGAAGUUUUAUUGUUGGAUGCGGCAUCUAGAUUCAAGGAUUUUAAAUUUGGGCCAGAAAUGUUGAGGGAAGAAGUGGAAAAGUAUAAAAGGUUUGCUGAGAGAUUGGAGCCUUUUAUUGCUGAUACUGUUUUGGUCAUGAAUGAAUCAAUCUCGCAGAAAAAAAAGGUUUUGGUUGAAGGUGGUCAGGCUACAAUGUUGGACAUUGACUUUGGUACCUAUCCUUUCGUAACUUCCUCUAGUCCAUCUGCUGGUGGGAUCUGUACUGGUCUUGGAAUUGCUCCCCGGGUCGUCGGUGAUCUUAUUGGAGUAGUUAAAGCAUACACCACACGUGUUGGGUCAGGUCCGUUCCCGACAGAGAUAUUGGGUCAGGGUGGGGAUCUUCUGAGGUUUGCAGGUCAGGAGUUUGGGACAACAACUGGUCGUCCUCGACGCUGUGGCUGGCUUGAUUUGGUCGCAUUAAAAUUUAGCUGCGAUAUAAAUGGAUUCUCUUCUCUAAAUCUGACUAAACUUGAUGUUCUAUCUGAUCUUCCUGAGAUCCAUUUGGGUGUUUCAUACAAGGAUGUUGAUGGUACACCAAUUAAAUCUUUCCCUGGUGAUCUACGUGUUCUUGAACGGUUAAAGGUGGAAUACGAGGUUCUACCAGGGUGGAAGACUGAUAUAUCAUCAGUAAGAAACUAUGAUGACCUACCUUUGGCGGCCCGUCGCUAUGUCGAGAGGAUAGAAGAAUUAGUUGGUGUGCCUGUCCAUUACAUUGGUGUUGGGCCGGGUCGGGAUGCCCUUAUUUACAAAUAGUGGGCUUACAUAAGGCCGGAUGAUCACCAUCUGUGGGAAGGCAUACUGUAUCAUCAUCUGUUACAAUACUGCAGUGAUUUUGGCUACCAACUUUUGUUUGUGGUUUUCUCUCCUCAAAUAAUCCGAGGUAAAAGGAUUUCCUAACA